UAUACUUAAUUCUCUAGCGCACACCUUACAAGUCUCUCUGUUGCAGGCGCUGCUUGUGCUUCCCGUUCUCGAGGCUGCGGACGCGGACUUCUCCCUGCUCGCGCUGGCUCCGACACACUCGCCCAGCUCCUGACGCGUGUCUCUGCUGCAGGCCCAGCCCCCGCCGCGGCUCCUCCCCGGGCUGAGCAGCGGCGCCCCCGUCCUGCACGUGCACGUCGUGUCGGUGGUGGGGCGGUCCUCGGUGCUGGCGGUCCCGGCGAGCUCUAACGCGGUGGUGUUAAUGUCGACAGGUGCGCGGCCGGGGACACCACCAGGACGAGAGGCCGCCGACUGGAGGGACACGGAGAUGGAGGACGAGCCGUGCGGUGUAGAGCACGGCGACAAUCCACCAGGACGAGAGGUGGCCAACGAGAAGCAACACCCAGGGAUCGACGCCGAGCAGUGUGGUGUCGAGCACGGCGAUGAUCCUGACGAUGUCCUGGACGAGCAGCUGGGGCUGGUGGUCACCGGGACCUACUCACUCCGCGGCCACCAGGAGGGCAACUCUGGCAACCUCGCCGAGGCUCUGGUGGUCGUCGCCGACGCUGUGCACCCUCAACACACUCUGCGCGCCGAGCUGGCGUCCAAUGACAACGACAGUGACGUGCUUGGCGAUGACGUCGACCAGACCCACCUGCAUGGCAAAACAGGACAGAGCGAUCAGACUCACGGCGGCAAAUGUGAAGCGACUUCAAGCACUAAGAACUCGAUAGAGAGAGAGUCGCGUAAUCUCCCCGUUGCGGGCCUAAAGUGUAGAUACUGUAGCAAAACGUUGAUUUCGAAGACUAAACUGGAAAGUCAUCUACGUGUACACACCGGCGAGAGGCCAUUCAAAUGUGAAACGUGUGAGCAGAGUUUUACUACAAAAGGAAGCUUGACGGUGCACAUCAGAACCCACACAGGCGAGAAACCCUAUGUGUGCGACUUCUGCAAGCAGCGUUUUUCUCAUAAAAGUAGCCUUGUUGAACACAUUAGGACACAUACUGGUGAGAAACCUUAUCUGUGCGACUUCUGCAAGCACCUUCUUGGUUUUUUGAUGUGA